AUGACUAUCGACCAACAGAAUCCCCCACAUCAAUCCUUCCCAAAUGGAUCAGCUCAAGGGCAACCCAUCACAUAUGUGAAUUCAGAACUCACUGCUGUGGAACAAGCCAAACCUGGCCGUAAAGUUCAACUUCCCUUUGGAUUUGGGCCUAUACCUAAGGAACAUUCCAACAAGACAAUCUUCUUUUUCGAUAUUGACAAUUGCUUGUACCCUAAAUCGACUCGUAUAUUUGAAAUGAUGCAAGAUAAGAUCCAUGACUAUUUCAAAUACAAUCUUCAAUUAAAUGACGAGGACGCCUAUAGAUUACACCAUGAUUACUACAAGACGUAUGGUUUGGCAAUUGAAGGAUUAGUACGUAAUCACCAAGUUGACGCAUUGGAUUACAAUUCCAAAGUCGAUGAUGCGUUAGAUUUGCAUGCUGUGUUACGCUACGACAAACCAUUAAGAGACACACUUUUAAAAGUAAAAGAGUCGGGUAAAUUUGAUUAUUUUUGGUUGGUAACAAAUGCAUACAAGAACCACGCAUUAAGAGUGAUUAGUUUCCUCGGAAUCGGUGAUUUAUUCGAAGGAUUGACAUAUUGUGAUUAUUCACAAGUCCCCAUUGUAUGUAAACCAAUGAAACAAUACUUUGUCAAUGUAUUUGACUUGACCCAAUUGGAUUAUGAAGAUAAGGCUGUGUUGGCCAAACAGUGGUUUAUCGAUGAUAGUGAACUCAAUGUCAAGGCUGCUUAUGAUUUGGGUGUAGGCCAUGUGAUUCAUUAUGUUGAACAUGAUGAAGAUAUUUCCAAGUUGAAACGAAAGGAUGAUUUCGCAAAGUAUUACGGAGAGGGAGCUAUUGGUUCCAACAUUCAAAUUUUAAGCAACCUUUGUGACUUGCCUAAGCUCGUAAGUAAAUAG